CUUCAGCGUGGCUCACUCGCCUGACGCGCAGAGGCAGGAGUCACCAUGGCUGGGCCUCCUGUUGUCAUACGGGAGCAUGAAUUUGAGAGUCUGCUGCGCUACAGGGAGCUGGUCCCCCGUCUGGAGGCGGCUUUGGGGAAAUUCUCCAGCCGGGACAGCGCCGAGGUGAUCCAGCCAGUGCGCUCCACGGUGCCCCUGCAGAAACACAACGGCUUCAUGGGCUUGAUGCCCACAUACAUGGAGAACGACGGAGUCCUGUGCACAAAGCUCGUGUGUUUCUACAAGAGGGAGGAUGGCUCAACUUUGCCCGCCGUGCAAGCCACAGUGGUGCUGCUGGACCCGGAGCGUGGGAAUGUAAAGGCUGUUAUGGAUGGAGAGGUUAUCACAGGCAUGAGGACAGCUGCAGUCUCAGCCAUCUCUGCUAAGCUGCUGAUGCGUCCUGAAGCAGAGGUGCUGGCCAUCUUGGGGGCCGGCAAACAGGCCCGGAGCCAUUAUAACGCCUUCACGGAGAUGUUUUCAUUUCAAGAGGUGCGCGUGUGGAGCCGCUCCAGAGAGCGAGCGGAGGGCUUCUGCCGGUCCGUAAGCGGUCCGGUGACGGUAUGUGCGUCAGUGGAGGAGGCGGUGAGGGGAGCGGAUGCCAUAGUGACGGUAACCAGAUGUACAGAGCCAGUGCUCUUUGGUCAGUGGGUCAAACCGGGAGCCCAUGUCGCAGCAGUGGGAGCUUGCAGGCCAAACUGGCGGGAGCUGGACGACGUGUUGAUGAAGGAGGCGGUGGUGUAUGCUGACAGCAGGGAGGGAGCGAUGGCUGAGUCCGGUGACGUCGUCCUCUCUGGGGCUGAAGUGUUUGCAGAGCUUGGAGAUGUUAUUAAUGGGACAAAACCUGCACACAGAGAGAAGACAACCGUGUUCAAAUCCCUUGGGAUGGGAGUUGAAGAUGCAGUGUCAGCUGAGCUGGUAUUUGACCGAUGGAAAGCCAAAGCCAGCCAGCAAUGAAGAGGCCCCCCUGUAUUUCAAUCCUGACCUCUCUGUUUGACCUUCAUGGCACACAAGCUGAUCAAGAUCGAGGCAAAAUAAAAUAAGGACUGGAAAUCGUGUCUUUCAGUCUAAAUCAACGACUACUUCAGUUUAUUCAUCAUGGGGGAAAACAAUUAAAGCCACUGCUGUAUAACCUGAUAAACCUGCCAACAAUAUCUAACGCCAAAAGGGUUGCUUGAUCAAACGUAUGGUCAGUCAACAGAAAAUUAAUCAGCUAUAACCCUGAUAAUCGGUUUAAGAUAUUUAUCAUGUACCUUUAAGUUGACAGAGACUACAGCCAUGCGAGCAGCUCUGUGUGGCUGUGAGCACAGCGGUGCUUUGAGCUAAAUGCUAAUGUCAGUAUGCUAACAUGAUUUUUAUCAGGUGUGGUGUUCAUGCUCAACCAUCUUUAGUUUGAGAUGUUAGAAUAACAUACUUACAUUAAAGGCAGUGUGUUUACCUGGCACACUUACAACAUUCAUCAUUUUAGUUUAGCAUGUAAACAUUCACUAAUUAGCACAAAGUACAGCAGAGGCUGAUGGGAGGCUUUUGAUUUAGCUUUCCUUUGUUAUAGUUAUAUGGUUGUUGGUCACAUAAGAUUAUUUCCCUGUUAUGUUUUUCACUGUUAUGUGUUUGGACAGAAGAUAUAAAAUACAACAGAGCAUUUUCAAUGAAUUUAUUUACUUUUCUUAAAAAAAAAAAAAAAAUCAGCAUAUUACUAUGUGAAAAUGAAACCACAUUUAGCAAGGAAGUAAAUCUAAGUGUAUUUCCACUGCACCAUAGAAACACCGAUAGAAUGAGUUCAGAUUUACAGUGGCUCACAAGGGCACUCAUGUAAUUUGAUCACUGCUCAUUUCAAAAUAAAAUGCAUUUGCUAGUUACUUCUUAUGGUUAUAUUGUACA